AUGAAGUGUCAGGUCGCAUUUAUUUUAUUCGCUUUAUAUUAUCUGGGCUUAUUCUAUUCGAGUGAACAAAUUGAAUUUAGGGAAAUACAAGAUGAAUUAGAUAAAGAAUGGGCAUCAAAGAGUCACAAUAAGUUGCAUGGGAAGCCACAAGAACAUCGACGACGAUAUCCGUUUGGAAAAGAGCAGAAUCCCCAUGCUCAUGUACAUUCAAGAAAACGUCUCGGUUGUUUUGCCGAGUUUCCUGCCACAUCUGUUAAUAUCCAGGAUAUUAUUGGGGCACAAGUGGCACAAAUAUUAGACGAUGAGACAUUAAGUGACGAUGCACGUGAACAUGUUAUUGCAGAAAUAGCACUUGGAGUUUCAUCUGCUUUACUGUCAAAAAAACACUUUUUACAAGAGUUUGAAUUCCCGAAAGAAUUGUGUUCAUUUCGCCCUGAACCAGUUUGUGAUCGUCAGGCAAAAUAUCGUGAAAUUUCGGGUAUAUGUAAUAAUCUUGACAGGCCAUAUGAUGGUAGUGCCGGAACAACAUAUUCUCGCAUAUUGGAACCCGAUUACGACGAUGGAAUAGGUCAAAGAAGAUCCAAGUCAAAGGCAGGUGGUUUAUUGCCGUCAGCACGUGAAUGCAGUUUAAAGCUAUUUACAAAUACAACACGAUUUUCUCAAUUAUUUACAAAUUAUUUUGUCAUAUUUGGUCAAUUUAUGGUUCAUGAUGCAACAUUUGCUGGACCAGGAAACGAUAAAAAUGGUAAACAAAUAUCAUGCACUUGUAACAGUGUUGAUAGUGAUGGAUGUGUGAACAUAGCAAUUCCACCAAACGAUCCAUUUAUGUCUGAUCAAAAAUGUAUGGCCAUUCCAAUAGUAGCUGAAGGGUUUCCUAAUCAUGCCUGUUCGUUAGGUGUACGAGAACAAAAGAAUGCAAACACGCACCAUCUUGAUAUGUCAGUGGUAUACGGAAGUAGCAAAGCAUUAUCAGAUAAUCUCCGCGAACAUAACGAUGGUUUAUUGAGAACAACUAAUGUGAAACCAUUGCAAGAGUAUUUGCCUACACUAGAUAACGGAAAAUCAUGUGGGGAUGGAGACCCCACAGUCAAAUGUUUUAUAGCUGGUGAUGGACGUGUUUUGGAGAAUCUUGUAUUAACUUCCAUAACGACACAAUGGGUGCGUUUUCAUAAUCAAUUAGCAAGAACAUUAAAAAAAUUACACGCCGACUGGUCCGAUGACACGUUAUUUGAAGAAGCGAAAAAAAUUAAUGUAGCCGUGUAUCAAAGUCAAGUCUACAACGAUUAUUUACGCGUUUUACUUGGAAAAACUCUUUGGAAAAAACACUUUUCAAACGAUAAGCCCGUUCGAUAUGAUCCAAAAAAAUCAGCAUCAGUUUGGACCGAAUUUGCUUCAGCUGCAAUGCGUUGUCACACAUUUGUUCGUAGCUUUUAUAGCCGCGCAACACGUGACUAUCAAUUUAUCGACCAAAAAUCGCUUAAAGAAAUUAGCGGUCGUGCUACAAUAGCUUGGGACCUUGCUAAUGGUGGUUUAGAUGCAAUAAUGCGUGGUGCCGUCUGUGAUUUUGGAUCAUCAUGGGAUCUCAGUUUUAGCGAUGAUAUAAGACAUCAUUUAUUUGAAUCAACAGGAAACUUUUCUACUAAACGUUUUGAUUUGACAUCAAUGAAUAUAAAUCGUGCACGAGCACAAGGUAUGCGUGGUUAUAAUUCCUAUCGAGAAUGGUGUGGAUUAAAACGUGCAGAGACAUUUGAAGAUUUUGACGAUUCGAUAGAUGAUGACAGAAUCCAGCAACUGAAAGAUACAUAUGCGUACGUAUAUUGUCAACUUAAAGCAAUCGAAAAGUACUCACACCGAAGUUUUAUGUGUGAUACAAUAGAAACAGACACGAUGCAGGCAGAUCCUUACCGACCUCGCUCAAUUGACGGAAAUAGUGCGUCAUCAUGUAAGAAAAACACUCCGGGUUUCGAUUUCAGUGCAUGGAAAUAA